AUGGAAACGUUGAAAAGAGAGAUAUUGCUCGAACAUCUAAAAACGCACCUUUCAGAAGUUCAAUUCAAGAGCUUACGACAAAAUGAAAUUGAACUAGACGACCAAGAAAAACUUCGUCAAAUGCAAGAAAUUCUAGAAAAAGAUCCCGCGCUGUUUCUUACAAAAUGGGGAAGAUUUCUACCAAAAGAACAAUUACAAAAUUUUUACUCCUUACGAGGCGAUUAUGAAGUGAACUGGCUUUUAGACCAUUUACAGCGUGAUAAAAACAACAAUUCACCGGAAACAAUUUCACGUAACCUCUCUCCCUCACAACGAAAAGAUAAAAAAAUAAUAAACAGGCGGUUCAAGUAUUUGCUCAAUAACCUAGAGAAUACCUCUUAUUUUAGCGAUGAGGCCAUGGAAAUGCGUGAACCUUUACUGUAUGAAGAGUAUAUUGGAAAGUAUAUACCAGAGGAGGAGAGGUAUCCACCUUUUUCGGAUGAAGUUGACCUCGUAGAGCGUAUAUAUUACGAUAUAGAUCAAAAUAAUAUACGUGAAAGAUUGCAAUAUCAAAAAAUGAUUCAAGAAGAGCAAAUGCAAGAAGAGGAAGAUGACGAAGAUGAAGAAAAUGAAAAAGAAUAUAAAAGUGCCGAAAACGAGGCAAAGACUGUAGCGAAUCUUGCAAAAUUACAUAUAACUGAUGAUGAAAAGGAAAAGACAAUAAUAUCUGAUGAUGAAAUAAUCAAACAACAAGCCAAGGAAGUGGACACGAACGAGGAAAUGAAUAAUAAUCAAAGACACUCCAACUCCAACAUUGAUAAAAACAUAGAGAAUUUAUCUACCGAAGAACUUAAUGAAUUACGAGAGGAACUUAUUGACAUUAUGCGCGGAAAGUUCAUCUCUGGAAAUGACACGGAAUUCGAUUAUGAUCAAAUUGAUUAUAAUGAGGAAUUUGAUAAUACCGAUCAGGAGACUAAUGAUAUUCAGGAUAAUUAUUUUGAUAAAGAGGAGCCAAAUGAUACGACAGAAAAUAACCAUGAUACAGGAAUUCUCGAUUACUAG